UCAACCAUUGACACACCAUGAAGCUCUUCGCUGUCUUCUUCUGCCUUAUCGCUUGCAGUUUCGCCGCCACCAUCCAAAAUGAACAUUUUGCAUUGGAUGCUGAUAUGCGGAAUGGCUUAAUCUACGUAAAAGAAGCGCAAUUGUUUGGGCCAAAUGGCGUUGUCUUCGAGAUGAAGAGGGCAACCGUUGAAGGCUUCUCAGACAUCACACACGGUAUGUCCUUCGAGAUGAACUCUCCACUGACAACCGUAAAAGUCGCCGUGAGUCUACCCAGAAUAUUUGGACAUGUUGGAUUCUGGAAUAGCAGUUUACCCUUAUUUUACGGAAGCGGUAGCGCGGCGUUUGACCUCAGACGUCCUCAGGUCGUGAUGGAAGUGACCUUUAACAUGACCUCGAUGUUAUUUGAACCAGUCGUGUUCAAGCCUUCCAUUAAAGAAGUACAUUUUGAAAUGACCGGUGUCAAUAACGACGAAGAGUACAGUCGAGAAUUCAGUCAAAAAGUCAGACAAGCGUUGGAAGUUCUGGUAAACGAUCCAGAAGUGCACGCCUCUGUUGCUGAGAAAAUUACUGCUUUUUUGAAUGGCCAGUACCGUUCUUCUCCACCCAGGGGUUGCUGGUGGUGCCCAUUAAUCAGAACAUACUAAGAUCUAAUUUAAUGAAUGUAAUAAUUUAAUUUAUCUUAUUUUUAA